GAUUGCACAUGGCGGAAUGUUGUGAUCUGUCUUCUCCUUGAUCUCUUUUAUAUUUUAAAGUUUAUGCAAAUCUCAAGACCGUGGCGUCCUCCUAAGAUCCUUCUCUUCACGUAAUGCCUAAGAGAACUUCCGAACAAACUGUACAAAACAAGGAGACAUUCCCCAAAGAGGUUGAUGAGAAUCUGUUUCGUUUUGAGGGAAAUCAAACAGACAGGUUAAAAGAGAAUGCUGAUUCAUCAGAUAGUGAAGAAAGCUACUACUCCGGACUAGAAAGCGAGUCAGAAACAUCAGAUGAUGACGAUGACGACGAACAGGACUCUAAUUCGGGAGAAGAGGCAACAAGUGGUAAUGAGUCUUCUGGUGAUAGUGACAAUAAUGAAAAGAAUGAUGAUGUCAAUGUGACAGAGAUAUAUAAUAGUGAGCCAAACAAAAAUGAAGAAGAUGUGGUGAAGAAGAAAGUAAAAGAGUCAGUUGAUGAAGAUAACACAUCUGACGAGGAGGAUGCAUGUAAUACCAUUGGAAACAUUCCUGUAGAGUGGUAUAAUGAGUAUCCUCACAUAGGCUACAACUUGGAUGGACAAAGAAUAUUGAAGCCUGCUACUGCUGAUGAGUUGGAUCAAUUCUUGUCUAAAAUGGAUGAUCCUAAUUAUUGGCGAACAGUCCAAGAUAAAUCAACCAUGAAAGAAGUUGUUCUAAGUAAUGAAGAGUUGGAUAUUAUUGAUAGACUUCAAAAUUCUAAGUUUCCAAGUGCUGGAUAUGAUCCUUAUGAGCCCUAUGUAGAUUUUUUCACUGGUGAGAAGAUGAUACAUCCCUUGACUAAUGCUCCUGAACCCAAAUCACGUCACAUUCCAUCCAAAUGGGAACACAAGAGGGUUAUAAAGAUUGUCAGAGCAAUUAGGAAUGGCUGGAUAAAACCCAGGAAAGAUGAAAAGACUGAUAAACCAAGGUAUUAUCUGAUCUGGGAUAAAGAUGACAACCAGGCGAAACCAAGACACAACAUGCAUAUUCCUGCACCUAAAAUGAAACUCCCAGGCCAUGAGGAGUCUUACAAUCCUCCACCAGAAUACUUACCAACUAAGGAAGAGAUUGCAGCAUGGGAAGCUAUGGAUCCUGAUGAAAGACCACAAAAUUUUCUUCCUAAAAAGUACUCAAGUCUCCGCCUUGUUCCAGCUUAUAAUAAGUUUAUCCAAGAACGUUUUGAGAGAUGUCUGGACUUAUAUCUCUGCCCAAGACAAAGAAAAAUGAGGGUCCAAGUAAAUCCAGAAGAUCUUUUACCAAAACUUCCCAGGCCAAAAGAUUUGCAGCCAUUCCCGUCAACAGAAUCUAUUGUGUACAAGGGUCAUACAGGUGUGGUGCGCUGCCUCGCUGUCGACCCCACGGGACAAUGGAUAGCGUCUGGAGGCGAUGACAAAGUUGUGAAGUUCUGGGAAGUGUGCACAGGACGAUGUCUCAAGACGUUGCAGUGUGGUGGUACUGUGAACAGUAUGGCAUGGAAUCCAAACUCCUUCCUGAUGCUUCUGGCUAUUGCCGUCGAACACAAAGUCGUCAUUAUCAAUCAUUAUCUUGGUUGCAAAGAAUUGUGUGAAACGACGGAUAAAUUAUUUGAUAUUCCUACAGGAGAAGCUGAGAAAGAAUCUGGCGUACAGUGGUCAGUGGCUAUAGGGGAAGACUACAGAAAUGGAGAACGUUUAGUUUUAAAACACAGCAAGGUCAUAUCGCAGAUAACAUGGCAUGGAAAGGGAGACUAUUUGGCGUCGGUUGUACCCCAGGGUGGCAACAAAUCUGUGUUCAUCCACCACAUACCAAAACGUCGAAGUCAGUGUCCCUUCAAGAAAUCCAAAGGUUUAAUCCAAAGAGUGUUGUUUCACCCGACGAGACCAUUUCUUUUUGUCGCUACACAGCGAUUUAUCAGAGUCUACGACCUCAUCAAACAAGAGCAAACGAAGAAACUUGUGUCAAACGUGAAGUGGAUCUCCAGUAUGGCUGUGCAUCCGAAAGGGGAUAAUUUGAUUGUGGGAAGUUAUGACCGUCGGCUAUGCUGGUUUGAUUUGGACUUGUCGACUAAACCGUACAAAACGCUAAGGAGUCAUAAAAAGGCCUUACGUCAGGUGGCUUUCCAUCGGCAUUACCCUCUGUUCGCAUCUGCCAGCGAUGACGGUACAGUUAUUGUUUGCCACGGACGAGUAUUCAAUGACUUGAUGCAGAAUCCUUUGAUAGUUCCCGUUAAAGUACUGAAAGGACAUCGGGUGGAAGGAGAGCUGGGUGUUGUGGAUUGUCAGUUCCAUCCAAAUCAACCAUGGAUUUUCACUGCCGGAGCAGAUCACCUCAUUCGAUUGUACACGUGACAUCUCUUAUUACGCUCUUUUUAACAGUCACAGAACGACCAAGUCACUACGCGAUUUCGCUUGUUCUAACAUGCGCUAGAUUAUGCCUGUACAUUAAUGCGUCCAAAAAAAAAACAGAACGUGGCCCACGAAAUGCGAUCUU